AAACUCUCUCUCUCCAUCUUUACUCCCUCGUCACUCUCUCAUCUCACCUCCUCCCCCAACACAACAAUGGUACUACUCUACCAUCUCUCCCACCGACUCUCUCUACUCCCUCUCAUUCUCCCUCUCCUCCUUCUAUUCCCUGAUCUAUCCACCCCCCAAUCCAUCCCCACCGACUCCCUCAAACUCCCACUCCUCCACCGAAACCCACUUCAAUCCCCCUCCCAAGCCCUCUCCUCCGACUCCCAGCGCCUCUCUGCCCUCCACCGCCGCCAAACCCCCCGCUUCCCCAUCGUCUCCGGCGCCUCCUCCGGCUCCGGCCAAUACUUUGUCGAUCUCCGCCUCGGCACCCCUCCCCAGCGCCUCCUCCUCGUCGCCGACACCGGCAGCGACCUCGUCUGGGUCACCUGCUCCGCAUGCCGCAACUGCACUAACCACUCACCCAACUCAGCUUUCCUGGCUCGCCACUCCUCCUCAUUCUCUCCCCACCACUGUUUCGACUCAGCGUGUCAACUCGUUUCCCACCCGAAACGCGUCCCUUGCAACCACAGUCGCCUCCACAGCCCAUGUCGCUUCGAGUACUCCUACGUUGAUGGGUCUUUCACCACUGGCUUCUUCUCCGCCGAAACGACGACCCUUAACACCAGCUCCGGCAAGGAAGUCAGGCAGACCGGGUUCAAUUUCGGUUGCGCUUUCCGGGUCUCCGGUCCGAGUGUUUCGGGUCCCAGCUUCAAUGGGGCCCAAGGAGUCAUGGGCCUGGGUAAUGGGCCCAUCUCGCUGUCGUCCCAACUGGGCCGCCGGUUCGGCAACAAGUUCUCGUACUGUUUAAUGGACUACACUCUCUCUCCUCCUCCGACGAGCUUUCUCAUCAUCGGCGGCGACCAAAACGACGUCGGAAAGUCAAUAAUCAAGUUCACACCUUUGCAAAUCAACCCUCUAUCUCCGACAUUUUACUAUAUUGGGAUUCAAAGCGUGUCCGUUAGUGGCGUGAAAUUACCGAUAAGCCCUUCCGUUUGGGCCGUUGAUGAUUCGGGUAACGGAGGUACCGUCAUGGACUCGGGCACGACCCUGACAUUUUUAGCCGACCCGGCUUACCGUACAAUUUUAGCCGCAUUUCAACGGCGCGUUAAGUUGCCCAAGCCAGCCGAGCCGACUCGCGGCUUUGAUCUUUGUGUCAACGUGUCUGGCGUGUCUAGGCCGAGUCUACCCAGACUGAGUUUCAAACUCGCUGGUGACUCGGUUUUUGCUCCGCCUCCCCGGAACUACUUCCUUGCCAUUGCUGACGGCGUUAAGUGCCUGGCGUUACGACCCGUUAGCUCGCCGUCGGGGUCCUCCGUUAUUGGCAACUUGAUGCAACAAGGGUUUUUGUUCGAGUUCGAUAAGGACCGGUCACGACUCGGUUUUUCGCGCCACGGUUGUGCAUUGCCAUGAUUCACCGAGUCACAACUCGGUUCAAUUUUUAUUUUCUUUUUUAAAUUAUUACAAUGAUUGAUUGUUAUUACUAUUAAGUGAGUUAUUACCCUUUUUUUGGUGCAUUGUGAGAAUUUGUUUAUCUAUUUGGAAAUUGGACGUUGAACUUGUUUUUAAACUUGAAAAAAAAGAGAGGCUAAUGUGAAGAAGAAGAGAAGUGAGAUUUUUUUGGGCUUUUUUAAUUGUAUAGGAUGAUGAUUUACAUUCUGAUUCAAUUGGAACCUGCCUAUUUUUUUAUUGUA